GCCAGAAAAAGGCUUAGGUAUCGUGUGCAGCACAGAGAAUGCCAUCAGGAACAAGAUCCUGCAGAAACGCAUUGUUCUCCUUCCAUCCCCUUUGACUGACUGCCGGCGUUGUUGCCACAGAGGCGUCCAUAUCUGUCCAUCGGGAAAUCCACGAUUGUCAUGUUGAUAGCGCGUUAUUUCGACCAGAGGCGCGGCGAGGCCGCCCAGCAGAAGUCGGCGCAGCUGCAUCCGGACAUCGCCCUGUCGAGUGGAACUGUCGCUGCCCGCCUGGAUGGGUGGCUGCCGCACCGGCCGCCCAUCGAGGCGCUCAUCGCCCGCGGCAUCUUACGAGACCCCUAUGAGAAGCAGCUCAUAUGCGAUCGGCUGGAGCGGUUUCUCCGACAGAAGGUUGCCGAGAGGGACCUGGCGCACAUCACGGGCACUGCCGAGUACGACCCCUCCGUUGCGGCCUACCUGAUGGACAAUGGCCUGACGCAGCUGGCGCACCUCAAUGCAGAGGGCCGCAUCGCCACUCACCUGUCGGAUGUGGAAAAGCAGCUGAGGGCGGCACGUGAUGACGACGAGCGGCUAAGGGCGGCGAUUCCCUCACACGUGAAGGAGAGGAGGGAGGAGGCCAGCCGUCUGAUCGAGCAGGCGACGGCCAUCCAAGACUCGACGGAGAGGGUGGGCAAGCAGCUGUGCGACCAACUCUACAGCACCGAGGACGGCACUGAUGGGCUGCCGUCUGUGGAGCAGAUGAAGCGCAUGAUUGAGGAGUCCCGUGUGGCUUUGCGGAAGCAGCAGGUGAUCCAGCGCCAGGCGCACUUUGUGGCCGCCCUGGAGCAGAUGGUCAAGAUGACCGACCAGGCACGGCAGCUGGUUUUCCACCGCACCGACGAGGCCGUCCGGCUGACGCAUGAGGCCCUGCGUGUGUGCGGCAAGCUGCCCCCCAACAGCCGGGAGGUCGGCACCCAGCGCGUCCUCUUCGUCCUCCAGUACGCCAAGAACCACUACCUGCAGGCAAUACACCGGCAGAUCGACAGCCCUCGCGUCAAGUGGGGAACCAUCACAUUGCUGCACCAGCCCGACGCAGGCGAAGGCCAUGUACCUCUACCCUCCCCCUCUCAGUCGGGAGGCCCCCAUCUCGAUGGUGAUGAGAGCGUCAAGGCGGCCAUCCUGGAGUCUGUGGCUGCCCUGGUGUGGGUGCAGAAGAUCGCUGCGGCCGCCACGCAGCUGCUGGAAAGGGGUGUGGGGGCGGACGAAUCGUCGGUGCAUGUGGAGCCGGCUGAAUGGUGGUGCUUUAAAGCACUGGCUGUCAAGCCCAUCGCGGCUUUCAGGUGAGAGGACAGACAGACAGACAGACAGACAGACAGAGAGACAGACCACGUGUGUCGAUUGAUCCAUGUCAUGUAUGUGUCACACAUGACAUGUAUCGGCAUCGCAUCAGGUACCACUUCAUGUCGUCAACGAGUCCGCUGUGCCGUGUGGACCGGCCCGAGUGGGCCUUCAACUUCAUGCUCGACCUCUGCACGCAGCACGCAGCCGCACUCGACACCAUAUGGCCCCCACCUACCGCACAAGAACAACGACAGCAACAGCAACAACAGGAAGGACAGCACCAAGACGCCAGCAGUGAGCUGACCGCCGCAAGUCUAUCGGCUCUUCCAGCUCUCGACGUGUCGGAGUGCUUGGGGCACCAGCUGGCGGAUGAGGUCCGGCUGCUCGUCCGGGCCCACAUGCGGCUGAUUGUCUUCCAGAAGCCAGCUCCUGCUCAGACGGAGAGCGGCCCUCAGCAGACGGACUUCCGUGGCCUCCUGGACAAGACGCAGCAACAGGGGCCAGAAGAGGCACCCGAAGCAACCAGCACCCUCCCCCAAGCCGCCCGUGCCCAUGUGUCGCCUGCGUCAUCGGCUCUGUUCCUGCACCUGAUGACACACCUGCUCGAGUUGUUCCGCAGGUGGGAGCGCGUCAACGUGACGUCGGCCUUCGUCCUGUUCAGAGACUUCAAUGACAACUUCCACCUGACGGCAUCCUCCCAGGACACAGCAGACGCACCCACACAGCAGCCACCACACACCCACAAACAGCAGCGGCACCAGCAGCAGCAGCAGCAGCAGGAGGGUGCGGCAGAGAGGCCCCUUGCCGACAUGCUCUCUGACCUGAAGGCCAACCUCGGCCAGACGGACGCGCCCGUUGGUGAUGAUGACGAUGAAGCAAAUGCGGCCGGUGGGGAGGGUUGGGACGUCGAUCUGGACCUCCAAGGCGAGUAUGAGCAGGGAGAGACGCUGACAGAGCAGCAGGGCCACACCGAGGGAGAAAAGGAGAAGGCCAAGGGGAAAGACAGAGGUGAUGGUGAUGGUGUGGGCAUGUUGGACUACUGGAUGUACCACGACCAGCAGUUCGUCAUGGCCAAGCUGGACGAGGUCCUCAGAGCCACAGCCGUCCCCCAACAAGCCUGGCAGCCCCAGACACUCUACCUCGCCUCGAGAGCCGACGAACACGCCACGAGCAGCAGCCCACCUGCUGCUGCAGAGGGCCUCACAGCACCUCCCAUCUAGUAAGCUAAGCUAACCCACCGAGCUACAGAAGCGAGAUGAUGCACUCACUGAUGUAUCCUCAUUAUGUAUCCCAUGUGUGUGUGUAUGUAUGUGCAGCCGUGUGGUGCGAGUGUUGGUCGACUUGCUUCGCGUUUCGUCCGAGCGGCUGGUGGGUCUGACGAGCGACGCUGCGCUGUUCAACUUCACGUCGAUCCACAAGGCCGCGAUCGGCCGUGUGUGCGAGGCACUCAAAGAGAGAUGGAAUGCCAUGGCGGACCCACUGAAAGAUGUGAGUGACCGACCCAACCACACACACACACACACAGAGGGAGGGGGGAGGGAGGUGGUUGGUCGGUCGCAUCCAUCAAUCAGGUGGAUGAGUGCGGUUUGCUGCUGGAGAGUGUCGGCACGUUGGAGGAGUUCCUCACCACCGACUUCAGAUACCGAGACUACAUCCUCCAGGCAACCACACAACACAACACACGGCACCACUUCACGCGGCCAACCCCUCCCUCCCUGUAUGCAUCAGUGUGUCCGUGAGGUGGGCGAGCUUGGUGUGCGCGUGAUGGCCAAAUUCCUGGACCUCGUCAAGACAAAAGUGCGGGUACGUGGUGCGGUGUGUGUGGGGGGCAUGCCAUGCGUCAUGGAUGGAUGGAUGCGGAUGCAGAGUGGCGGAGUGCGGAGGAUGACGCGUGAGAUGGGGGUGUUUGAGGACGACAUACUGCCUAUCCUCACAGGCAAGCCGCCCACCUGCACCACCUCCAGCCAUGUGUGUGUGUGUGUGUGUGUGUGUGAUCCUCCGUCCAUCCCUCUGUCUGUGUGUCUGUCCACUGAUUUGAUCAGUGCUGCAUCGGCGGCUGAGUGCGGUGACAUUCCGUGAGGUGAUGAAGGGCAUGGCCGUCGCUGUCGACGCCCUCGUCAUCGAAACCUACAAGUGACCUACCUACUUACUGCCACCCACUGCACUGACAAACAAGAGCGCAGGAUAGGAUGCAGGACACUUACACACGUGUGUGUGUGCGUGUGUGUGGCGCCUGCAGGGAUCGUCUGCCUUACCUUACCUCUCCCGACGCUCUCGAACUCAUCAUUGCCAACACGUACACCCCACACCCAUGGCAUGGGACAUCACACUGUUGGUGUCUGUCUGUCUGGCUGCAGGCGCUCUCUGAUGGCGGCCUUCCAGAGUUACGGUGCAGUGCCCGAGCGGCACCUGCCCCACACGACAGACCUGCUGCCUCUGCUCACUCUCCCUUCGUCCGAGUGUCAGGUGCUCCUCCUCUCCCUCACACAGCACUUGGAUGCUGUCAACCAGAUCGAGGAGGAGGACGAGACAGCAACACUCUACGACACGACAGCACGGCUGCUUCCCAUCGACCCUUUAUUGCUGGGAGGCGGUGUGGCCGAGCGGGUCAUGAUGAUUGGCGGAGGUCUGGCGGGGAGGAGGGGCAACAGGGGCAUUGCUGACAGGGCUGCUGUCCAAGAGGGCGAGAAGACACUCAGACAGACACUCGCUGACCUGGGGGUACGUUCGUUCGUUCGGUCCGCACGCCUCGCCGACCUUACCACACACUGAACUCACCCCCCGUGUGUCUGCUGUGUGUGUCACACGCAGGUGAGCCGUUUGUCUCUGUCGGAGGUCUUCCAGGUGCUGGACAAGCGGAAGAGUGUGGAGGUCACCGACACGGCUGCAUCAGCACAGCUGCCAUGAGGGAUCGAGGGAUAGAAUGGGUGGUUGGUCGAGUCGGCCGAUGGACUGAUUGACUGAGGACACGUGGGGCAUGCAAGCCACUAAGCAGCGAGUAGCUGAACUUUUGUGGAACCUACCUGCAUCCGUUGACAGGCGACAAAGUUCGUCUAGUCCUCACAGAUCAAUGAUCACAACAAAGCGGC